UGCGGGCGGGGCCGGCGCGGUCACGUGAUGUUUGGGUGCCGGCGGCACGGCGCAGCCUCGCGGCGGCUCGCGCGCAGCGGCGGCAGAAAUACGCCAAAUGCGCGCUGGAAACCUUCAGUUGUUUGCGUUUCAAAUAUUCUGUGACAUUUGCAACUCGAGUGCUUGAUCCGUGGCCUUGUGUCUGGAAACGCUGACUAAACAAGCGGUCCCCUGUUUGCAAACCUGGGGAUUGUAAGGAAGUCUUUUGUGACCAGGAGAAAAAGACUUUGGAACCAGCUGGUUUAAAAUACAAUCCGGCAUUCAUUGCUCUCUAGAAAAUGUCUUAUGGAUCCAUUGAUGGGAGUGGAUUUGGAAGCAGGAACCCAUUUGGAGGCCCUUCGAGACAAGGCUAUCAACCUCUCGCCACCCAGAUUGAUCCUAGCGAACUACAGGAACUUUUUCAGGAGACUUCAGCCAACGUCUUCCGAAUUAACUCCAAUGUGACCUCCCUGGAAAGAAGCCUUAGAUCUCUGGGGACCUCAAAUGAUACUCAAGAGCUACAGGAUGGACUGCACGCAACCCAGCAAGAGACCAAUAAAACCAUCACGACUAGCACCAAAGCCAUCAAGCAGCUGUCUGAGAUUGUCAGAGGCUCAUCCAGGCAAGAGAGACUUCAGCUGGACAGGUUGAAGAACCAGCUGUCCGAUGCCAUCCAGCGAUACGGGGCUGUGCAGAAGAAAAUAGCAGAGAAAUCCAAAGCUUUGCUUCCUACUGGGCAGAGAAGUAGCAAACAGCAGAGUCCAAAAACCCCAUUCUCUGACCUACCUGACAAUGAGAAGAUCUUUAACGGAGGAGAUGGCACGUGGCAAAACCAGAGCCAAGAUCAAGCCUUGCUCUCAGAAAUCACAGAGGAGGAUCUAGAGGCCAUCCGUCAGCGGGAAGAGGCCAUUCAGCAGAUUGAGAGUGACAUGCUGGAUGUGAACCAGAUCAUUAAAGACCUGGCCUCCAUGGUGCAUGAGCAAGGAGACACCAUAGCAACGAGCCAGGAAGAUGAAGUGCUGCCUUCUCUCUGUCGCUUUGACCGUCCUGCUGUUUGUUGUCAUAAUCAUUGCGGUCUCAGUCAAACGCUGAUCUGGCUGCAGUUUCCACAGAGCCCUCGAUCACCCUGGGAAGUGGAAUGGAUUCUCAAGGCAUUUCAAAUUCAGGCCCUAUGUCAACGUCUGCUUUACUGAUUAUGUUGUAUCAAAACUGCUGUAACCAAUAAACACUGUAAUUGUAUGAAAGAAAAGCUAAGUUUUAUACUAUGUACUAGUAUAAUUGUGAAUAAGUUUUCCCUGUUAUUUCCUUCAUUGAAGACAUACCCUGUGUUUGCCCUAGUGUUAUGGAUUUUAAUUGUAUCCUCUAUGUGUCCAAGGAAUAUAUUUUUUUUUUUGCCUCAGAACUCGAUAUUUAGUGUGCUGUAAGAUAUGUUGCUGUUAAUUCAUCUUUCUUGUUUAUGUUUUUAACAUGAUUUCUAAUUUUGUUCAUUUUAAACCAUGAAAGUCAAUCUGUUUUAUUUAAUUCUUUUCGGCUGUUUUUUGGGGAAGUUUUAAACAUCAUCUAGCUCAGAUUCCCCUACUGUGCACUGCUGCUUUAAAAUUUGCUCUGCUAGAUGAGAAUUAAGCCAUUUCAUAAUUACAUAUGCCAUCUGCAAACAGAUCAAUUAGGUGCUUAGCUGAUCAUGGGAUCAUGCUCAGAAUAAUACAUUUAUUUAUGAGAAACAGUAGUGAAAAACAGGACAAAUGAGCAUUUGAGGACAAAAGACAUAUUAUUAUCUUUUUUUUUUAACAAAAAGCAAAAGAUCUUUAAUCUGGUUAAAAAAUCAGGCAAAGCAUGUCAUAAAAAAUAUCAAUUUUUUUAUUGGAUUCCAUUCCAUACAUUUCAAUGAAUCCGGCACUUGGGAUUUUGUUCCAUUUACCCCCACAAUAUUUUCUCCUGAAAACAUGAUUGAAAAUGCCAUUUAAAUCCAUCUUUAAAUGUGUCAUGUACUAUAAGUACAGUUUCCCUCCAGUAAAUAAAACAUUUCAAAAAUGGUUUUAAUUAAAGUGUCAUAGGAAGUAUUGAAGAGAAUUUCACAAAGUGCUAUGUUGUCAAUUCUUCAUAGAAAGUUACAUUUUUUGGCCAAAAUAUGUCCCACGAGGAAAAAAAACACCAAAAAACAAAACAACAACUAGCUCUAUAUGAUAUGUAACGUUGGUAGCUACGAAGGUUUAGAAAAGACUAAAAAUAUUAAACUAGAUUUUCACCUGCUGCAGUGAUUUCAGUUGUACUCUUUCUUUUCAAAAAGCUGACAGUCUUUUCUCAGUAAAGUUUGAGCACAGAAAAUACCUAGAGAAAUCCUUCAGGUGCUUUUGACCCCAUUCAGCUUCAUAAAUCAAUACAGUUAUUUCGGGUGAAGAAACAAAAGUCAGAUCUUCUGGCGUUUUUCUCUAAAGAUAGUAGGUAAAGUCUAUGCAACUAGACCAUUAUAGAUAAUAUGCAAUAGUUGUUAUUAAAGAAAGGUAAUUAAUGGAAUGAUAGUCUUUUUCCAAGUAAAUUUAGUACUGGCAUGCAGUUACCAAUGAUGAUACCUACUGCAUUACCUUGCUGCAGAGGGUUCACUUCUGGUACUGAAACAGAGCACUACACUUAUUACCAGUGCAAACUGCAAGCUGCCUCUAUCAGCAAAUUUGGCAAAUCCUCUAGUGAUGAAAAUGAUUUCCAUCUAGUCAGUAAGCACUGAAAUGAACCCAGCUCAUAGCUGAUUGCAAGCAAAUAUUUUGAGAGCCUUGGGUGGCAUGUGAACAAGGGAUCCAGAACAAACAAUCCUUGCCCGUUCACUAAUCCCAUUCAUUAGGAGCUCCGUGAUUACCUCAUUAGCUGGAUGUGGUGCAGAGAGAGACUGAGGGAGCACUGAGUGAGCCAGCUCACGCAGCAGAUGCAUUUGACACCAAUGGCCCAGGUGAAGCCCUUCUCUACUGAGGCUACAGAGGCUGCCUGGCUUAAAAAAAAUAUGAAAUCUCCAGGUGGCAACAUGGACAUCCUCUCCCCAUUGUGUAUUAUAGACCUAAUUAUAAUGGCAAACACUAUUAAAAAAAGAAAGAAAGAAAGAAAGAAAGAAAAUCCAUUAGGUUGCUGUAAAACAGUAUGUUCAUGCUGAAGAUGUGUUUUCUGUUGCUUCACUUACUUCUAUCUUCUUUCUCACAGCAAAUGAAUCCAACAAUGCCAUUAAACACUUGUUUAUGCUA